AUGAGGAAUCACAGCAGCAUGGAACAGGUGACCGAGUUCAUCUUAAUUGGCUUCCAACUUCCUAGGCAAUGGGAGCUCUUCCUUUUCGUGGUGCUGCUUCUUGUUUUCCUGUUAACGGUAGCUGGGAAUAUCACCAUCAUCACACUGGUAUGCUUGGACCAGCGCCUCCAAACCCCCAUGUACUUUUUCCUCUGCAACCUCUCACUCAUUGAGGUCUUCUUCGUCACAUCUAUCAUCCCCAAGAUGCUGGUGAACAUGGUUUCUCUGAACAAAGCCAUCUCUUACUCGGGCUGUGUGGCCCAAUGCUAUUUCUACUUCUCCUUUGGCGGCAGUGAAGCCAUCCUUAUUGCCGUGAUGGCCUUUGAUCGCUAUGUCGCCAUCUGCAAACCUCUUCGCUAUACCAUCAUCAUGAAUGGAUGGGUCUGCACCGAUCUGGUCUUGGGCUGCUGGGUUUGUGGUUCCGUCACUACACUUGUCCCCGUCAUCCUGCUCUUGGACCUAUCCUUCUGUGGCUCUAACACCAUUGACCAUUUCUUCUGUGACUAUGCCCCGAUGAUAAAGCUUUCUUGUAAUGAUGUACAUUUCAACCUGGCUCUGGAGAAUGUCGUGUCCUCGGUGGUGCUCCUGGGCUCUUUGUUUGCCACUCUUCUCUCUUACGUCUACAUCAUUGCCACCAUCUUGCGCAUGCAGUCCACCACAGGUCGACUAAAGACAUUUUCCACCUGUGCAUCUCACAUCACUGUUGCUUCCAUCUUUUAUCUCUGUUCAAUCUUCAUGUACUCUUUACCCAGCCAGGGAUACUCCCAGGAUGUCCAGAUGGGCAUUGCUGUCCUUACAGCAGCUGUUACACCUUUACUGAACCCUUUUAUUUAUAGUCUAAGGAAUGAGAAGGUAAAGGAGGUAUUCAAAGACUUUCUGAAGAAAAGGAGAUUCACACUGUGA